CUGAACGUGGACAGCGUCAACCUGGCAACCAGAGAGGUCCGGGUAAUCGGCAAGGGGUCCAAGGAGCGUGUCGCGCUGAUCGGAGAGUCCGCCAAAGACGCGCUCAGCGCCUACAUGUCAGAGGUGAGACCCGAAGUUGCGUCGAUCGACGCCGACGGCGCGCUGUUCGUGAACCGGUACGGGAAACGUCUGAGUCAACGCAGCAUCCAGAAAUCGAUAGAAGACGCAUUACAAAAGCUCGCGCAGGAGUUGGGCCUGGAGGUCGAGUUCUUCCAGUCGAACCAUGAAGGGAAGAUCGUUGACUUCAUCCAAGGGGCCGCGGACGGGGCUGACGGGCUCGUGGUCAACGCGGGAGCGCUCACGCACUAUGGGCUAUCCCUCAGAGACGCGCUGACGGACUCUCGACUGCCAAUAGUCGAGGUGCACCUGUCCAACAUCCACGCCAGGGACGAGUUCAGACGUCACUCGGUGAUCGCCGAUCUGGCGGUUGGUCAGAUCGCUGGGUUGGGCUGGCGAGGGUACAAGUAUGCGCUCGACUUUCUGGCAGAGCACCUCGGCGGCAGGUCGUGA